AUGGCCUACCUCCCGCCCCACCGGCGCCACUCCAGCAGCUCCGAGCCCGCCCCAACCCCUUUCCCACCGAUCUCCUCCCUCCAGUCCCUUUCCAUCUCCUCCCCUCGCGGUCGCGGGCGUCACCACCUCCGCCCGUCCAACAACAAGAUCAUCCACGCCGCGGGCUGCGUCUCCCGCUGGUCCCCGCUCCCGCCCUUCCCCCCCGGCUCCGGCGACGCCGACACUUUCCGCCUCGUCCCCUUCCCCUGCGAUCCCAUCGAGCGCGAGACGGGCGCCAAGCCCCUCGUCCUCGCCCUCUCCUCCCCGAAAAGCGCCCCCGGCUCCGCGGAGGCCGCGGUCGCGGCCAUCACCGAGAGUUUCUUGCCGGACCUCCUAGCCGCGGCGGAGAGGGCGAGGGCGACGGCGCGCGAUGCGCCCACGGAAGACGAGGAGGUAAAGCUGAGCCUCGUGGCAAGGGUGGGCAAGGUCCUGUUCCAACCCGGACCUAGCGGCGGACCCGUCUCCCUGGACUCUGUCCGCGACGCAGCAAAAGCAGGGGCAGAAGGAUCGAGGAGCCAGGUCCGUAAAUCGUUCUAUACGAAUUUGCCCGGCAAGUGUGUGGAUGAGAUUGGGAUGUAUAUUGGGAAGCUGACGGAUCUGAAGUUCGAUUCAUCAAAAAAGCACUACCAUGUCAAGGUGUUUGACAAGCAGCGAAGUGAUACGACGAUGUCUUGCAAAUGCACCGUGCAAGAGGAUGGGAAGCUUGUGAUCCACAAGGUUGAAUUGAACCAGAUACGGCAGCUGGUGGAGGACAUAUCCUGCCUGUCCAAAGAUUUUGAUUUAAGGCUGAUGUUGCGUACAAAAAGGAUCCUGAAGAACAUAGACCCUGAAGUGGAAAAUGCCAUAAAGAGCUUAGUGUCUUCAGCUAUUGUUGAUCCUGAUGCCAAAGGGGGACUUAAAUGGCCACUUGGGAAUGAGUCGAUUGGUGAGAGGUUCAGCAUAGUUGGGGUGUGGCAUACAAGCUAUAGUGCUUUCAGGAAUAAAACCUUAAGGUUGAAGCUCAGGUGUGCUGACCGGUUUGACCACCGGAGCUCCACUGGAGAGAUUUCCAAUGAAGUUACCUUCAAACUAACUGGCAUAUCUGAGAGACUGCAGGAUGGGAAUGAAGAGGUGGACACUCUGAAGGGGAUGCUGGACUCCGCGGUGCAGAUGAUCUGGGACACUGUUUUGAGCUACAAGAUCAAGCCUUGA